GGUGAUGUAGGCAGCCGGGGGAGGUGGAGCCGCGACGCCUGAAGGAGUCCCCACCGCAGCCACGCUCCCGGUCUACCCCUCCGAGCAGCCAGCCGGCAGUCCCAGCUCCGGCGACCUCCCUGCCGCCGCAAUUUGGGCGGUGGGGACCGCGAGACCCACCCCCCAACGCCGUUCGGGCCUAGGGGGCGCCUUCACCACGCCCUGCCCCUGCUCCUCCUUGCUUCCCGGACGGCUGGACCGACUCCCGGGGGAAGCUGUUCCCGGUCGCUCGGCCGCCGCCCGGGCAUCUAGGCAAGCCAGCCCGGCUGGGCACCGGGCAUCUGCGAAGCUAGCCCUGCCUGGCAGUGGGCAUCUCCGGGCACCGACUGUCUCUGGCGCCGCACAGCUUCUCGCAACUGCGGGGCCGCGGACUUCUGCGCGCCCUCCCCUCCCCCGGCCGCCCGGCAGGACGCCCGUGAGCUCCCGGCGCCCCCAGCCCCUCUGGCCGCCGCCGCCGCCGCGAUGCUGCCCUGGAGACGUAACAAAUUCGUGCUGGUGGAGGACGAGGCCAAGUGCAAGGCGAAGAGCCUGAGUCCGGGGCUCGCCUACACGUCGCUGCUCUCCAGCUUCCUGCGCUCCUGCCCGGACCUGCUGCCCGACUGGCCGCUGGAGCGCCUGGGCCGCGUGUUCCGCAGCCGGCGCCAGAAAGUGGAGCUCAACAAGGAGGACCCGACCUACACCGUGUGGUACCUGGGCAACGCCGUCACCCUGCACGCCAAGGGCGACGGCUGCACCGACGACGCUGUGGGCAAGAUCUGGGCGCGCUGCGGCCCGGGCGGGGGCACCAAGAUGAAGCUGACGCUGGGGCCGCACGGCAUCCGCAUGCAGCCGUGCGAGCGCAGCGCCUCGGGGGGAUCUGGGGGCCGCAGGCCGGCGCACGCCUACCUGCUGCCGCGCAUCACCUACUGCACCGCGGACGGGCGCCACCCGCGCGUCUUCGCCUGGGUCUACCGCCACCAGGCGCGCCACAAGGCCGUGGUGCUGCGCUGCCACGCCGUGCUGCUGGCGCGGGCGCACAAGGCGCGCGCCCUGGCCCGCCUGCUCCGCCAGACCGCGCUGGCGGCCUUCAGCGACUUCAAGCGCCUGCAGCGACAGAGCGACGCGCGCCACGUGCGCCAGCAGCACCUCCGCGCCGGGGGCGCCGCCGCCUCAGUGCCGCGCGCCCCGCUGCGCCGGCUGCUCAACGCCAAGUGCGCGUACCGGCCGCCGCCCGCCGAACGCGGCCGUGGGGCGCCGCGCCUCAGCAGCAUCCAGGAGGAGGACGAGGAGGAGGACGAGGCCGUGCAGGAGCGCGAGGAAGGAGCCCCCCAGCUCGAGCGGCCCGAGGUGCUCAGCCUGGCCCGGGAGCUGAGGACGUGCAGCCUGCGGGGCGCCCCGGCGCCUCCGCCGCCCGCGCAGCCCCGCGGCUGGAAGGCCGGCCCCAGGGAGCGGGCAGGCCAGGCGCGCUGAGAGCGGAGGGGGCAGGACUCGCGGCCCCAGACCCGGCCGGCCUGAUUUACAACCUCCAACCCCGGCCCGCCCGCUUCGGCUCCCCCUGGCCCCCCGGCCCUUGCCUCCCUCGUGGUCUCCGUUGUGUCCGCCUCGCGCCUCAUCCUGGCUCAGGGUGACGCCUGAUAUGCCCUUGAUCAUUGGGGGACGAGAGGAGGGAGCAGCAGUAUUCGGCGUUCACCUCUCCCCCAUCCAGAGUGUCUGGGCUCCCUCCAUUGCGGAAUUGCCCCCUACACUUUACACCAAGCCUCUUUGCCCAUAGACUACCCCCUCCCUCCCAAAACAAUCUCUCGAGAGGAGGGAGAAGUUUCCAGAAAUCCAGGAGGGUGGCCUUGGGCCUUGGCCAGGUGGAGGCAGUGGUCUUGCCCUUGGCCAGUCUAGCCUUCCUCCCUGGGAUGAGACUGACCCUGGGGAGGCAUUCUUGUAGCGAAGAAUAAUGGAGAACUCAGGCCAGGCCCAAAGUGGGAACUGAGUCUGCUGCCAUACACCCAAGGAAGAAUUCUCAGGCCUUAUGCCUGGCCUCUCUACCCCUUGGAGGACUUCUGGGACCUCACUGCUCUGCUCUGGAGAAGACUGGGAUGGUCCCACCCACCCAAACAGGUUAGGCCAGGUAACAGCUCUCUGUGCCAGGCAGCUGCCCACCUGUGCCCUAGUACCGGGCACCCCCACAGGACUCCCCACCCACCCUAUCUCUGCAGACAGAUGUGUGGUG